CCGCACUUCUUCUUCUCCUUCAACUUUGCUUCUAUAUAACGCCGCAAAAAGAAAACAAAACCAAUAUCCCAAGUAUAGAGGAAAAAAGAAUGGCCUUGAAGCUUCUUCGUCAAACCCUAAUCAAAACUAAACAAACCACCCUUCUCCGCCGCUUCUCCACCGCGGCCGCCGUUGCAUCCCCAACAGAGUAUGAGGACACAGAAGGAAUUAUCAUGAAAGGCGUGAAAAUCGCGGGCCGUCCUCUUUACCUCGACAUGCAAGCGACUUCCCCAGUGGACCCCAGGGUUUUAGAUUCGAUGCUUCCUUUUUACCUCAGCCGUUACGGCAACCCUCACUCCCGUACUCACCUCUACGGUUGGGAAUCGGAAACCGCCGUCGAAACCGCCCGCGCACAAGUCGCCGAACUUAUCGGGGCUUCGCCGCGAGAAAUCGUCUUCACUUCCGGCGCCACCGAAUCGAACAACAUCUCAGUCAAAGGCGUUAUGCGUUUUUACAAAGACAAGAAGCGUCAUGUCAUAACGACGCAGACGGAGCACAAAUGCGUGUUGGAUUCUUGCCGGCAUCUUCAACAGGAAGGUUUUGAGGUAACGUACUUGCCUGUUGGGUCUGAUGGGCUUAUUGAUUUGGAUAAGUUAAGAAAAGAAAUCCGGCCCGAUACCGGGUUAGUUUCUGUGAUGGCGGUCAAUAAUGAAAUUGGGGUGAUUCAACCGGUUGAGGAAAUUGGUAGAAUUUGUAAAGAAUUUAAUGUCCCUUUUCACACUGACGCAGCACAAGCUUUAGGGAAGAUUAAGGUUGAUGUGAACAAAUGGAAUGUUAGUUUAAUGAGUUUAAGUGGGCAUAAGAUUUAUGGACCAAAAGGAGUUGGGGCUUUGUAUAUGAGAAGGCGGCCACGUAUUAGAGUUGAGCCGCAAAUGAAUGGAGGUGGGCAAGAGAGAGGGAUAAGGAGUGGGACUGUGCCUACUCCGCUUGUUGUUGGGAUGGGAGCAGCGUGUGAGUUGGCAAUGAAAGAAAUGGAGUAUGAUGAGAGGAGAAUUAAGGGUUUGCAAGAGAGGUUGUUGAAUGGGAUUAGGGAGAAGAUUGAUGGGGUGGUGGUGAAUGGGAGUAUGGAGAGGAGGUAUGUUGGGAAUUUGAACUUGUCAUUUGCAUAUGUUGAAGGGGAGAGUUUGUUGAUGGGGUUGAAAGACGUGGCGGUGUCUAGUGGGAGUGCGUGUACAAGUGCAAGUUUGGAGCCUUCAUAUGUUUUGAGAGCAUUGGGUGUGGAUGAGGAUAUGGCACAUACUUCAAUUAGGUUUGGGAUUGGGAGAUUUACUACUGAGGAGGAGAUUGAUAGGGCUGUCGACCUUACUGUGAAACAGGUUGAAAAAUUGAGGGAAAUGAGUCCACUUUAUGAGAUGGUGAAGGAAGGGAUUGAUAUUAAGCAGAUUCAAUGGGCGCAGCAUUGAUCAAGUUUUGAAUAUGGGUGAGCUAUUUUGGAUAUGGCUUGCAUGUCAAAUGAAUGGUGCCUGCCAGCUACAGCUGCUUAAGUAGAGCUGGAAUUCUGUCACUUUUGGUUAUCCUUGUAAAUGCCUUGAGAGCUUUCAUAGUUAAUUUAUAUGGUUAGCAGAUGCUAUGGUCAAUAUUGGGCUGGUGUUAGAGUUAAUCAUACUCUAGUCUUCAAACAUAGGCAUAUGUUAUUUUGAUAAUACGAUUGCUUGUGCAGUAGUUUGUUGUGUUAGUAACUUGCUUAGCUCACUCUGUGUUCCAAUAAAAAAUACUAGCCCGUUUAUUUUAUUUUUAUGUGAUGAAUGAAGAAUUUGGAUGAUGUUAGUUGGUCAUUA